AUGAACAAGAAUAUGUGUGAGAGUGGCGAAGGGAACCAUAACCCCUUGACGAUACCAAUGGAGAUGGAGAUGGAGAUGGAGAUAAGCAAAUUACAAACAAUCCUCGAGGUCAUGUUGGUGGAGAUACUCGCGAGGUUACCGUCGAGAAGCAUCGCGAAAUUCAAGUCAGUGUGCAAAACAUGGAAAUCUUUGAUAGAAUCUCCGUAUUUCCGCCGUCUCUUCGUCUCCGUGCAUGGAAACUCCCCUUCCUCCUGGUCACUCACGAUCAGAAACAAUGAUCAUCCUCCUAUCAGGGAAGUGAUAGGGUUUCAUGGACGUGAGCCUCCCAAAUCUCUGGCUUCUUAUAUCUUAGAUUUUCAACAGAAUCUGAAUCUCCCUACUUCUGACUUCACAUAUCUUGCUUCUUCUAAUGGAUUAAUCUGGAUCCAGAUCAAUGUUCCCUCCACUAAGAACAGACCUUGCUAUCAUAAAUCCUUCGUUGGUAAUCCAGUUUUACGACAAUGGGUUGAAAUCCCUCCGCCUCCAGAGCCAUGUCAGGCCACUGGUUUGGUAACGCGUGUGGAGGAUGACGGCGUUGUUUCGAGCUUCAAAUUGGUUAAGACUCGUCAAAGAAUAGAUACCAAACCGAACGUAUGGAGAGUGUACGUGUAUUCGUCUGAGACAAGGAACUGGACUUUGAAGCUAAUUCUCUCCCCUCAUCCAUUUGACGAUGAUGCUGAUUUUAAAUCUCCUUUGAAUCUCGACGGAGUACUUUAUCUUCGGAAAAGGAGAUGGGGUACUGGUGAACGUGGAGCCCUAAUAGGUCAUGACUUCUAUGGCCCUGACGCCGAUGUUCAGUGUCGGGUUAUACCUUUCCCUUUCCCUCAUAACAAAGAGGCUAGGAGAUGUUUGACUACUUCUAGAAGACAUGUUAUGUACAUGGACAUACUACAUCGAAGAUUAAAUGUCUGGAGGCUCAACAACAACAACUCUGCCUCUGAGGGUCAAGUGUGGCACUUGUUACGUGAAGAAAUCAAUAUGGCGUCUGUCGGAUUUGAUGGCAUUUGUUAUCCCGUAGCAAUGAAUCCGUUUGACGCUGGCAUCGUUUAUCUAUGGAGUCUAAAACACAAUUCUAUGGUAUUUGGUAACUUGCGGACACACAAAAUUACUCUUCAGAAGGAACCAGAGUAUUCUAGUAGUGAAGGUUGUUAUAGCAUCAUCAACACUUCCAAUUUUAUCAUCGACAUUCGUCCGCAUAUGGAAGGUCGUAUCUUGUGGGUUGCCAACUUAUCCCACUUUGUUCUCCCACAGUGGAUGGAUUCACUAACCUCGCUUAGGAGGGACCUUAUAGCUUGCUUGCUGCACAAGUUUGUUCUUCGCUUAUAA